AUGUCAACCGAAGAAAAGGGCUUAACGCCCGCCCAACCUGCCAUCUCAAAGUCAGAAGGCGACGUCUUGCCUCCGAGCUACGACGGCCGUGAUGGCUCGCCCACCUCGCCACAUCACAAAAAUGUCGCCGAGGAGAUCGCCUCGGAGCCCCUGAUGACCCGUCUGGGGCUGACCUUCGACAGCUUCAAGCCCCGUGCCUACGGCCGGGGCAUUGUCGAGCUCGACCGCUCCAUGAAGACGCGCCACUUGCACAUGAUUGCCAUCGGGGGCUCCAUUGGUGCUGGUUUCUUCGUCGGGUCUGGCAGCGCCUUGUCUAAUGGAGGGCCUGGCUCCCUGUUGAUCGAUUUCCUCAUCAUCGGUGUCAUGAUGUUCAACGUUGUAUAUGCAUUGGGCGAGAUGGCUGUCAUGUAUCCUGUCUCUGGUGGUUUCUAUACCUAUUCCACGAGGUUCAUCGACCCCAGUUGGGGCUUUGCCAUGGGCUGGAACUACGUCUUCCAAUGGGCCGUCGUCCUUCCCCUCGAACUUACAGUCUGCGGUCUGACCGUCCAAUACUGGAAUCCAAACAUCUCAGUGGCAGUCUGGAUCUCGGUCUUCCUCGUCUUCAUCGUCAUGGUCAACGUCUUCGGCACUCUCGGCUACGCCGAGGAAGAGUUCUGGUCCAGCUGCCUGAAGCUGGCCGCCACCGUCAUCUUCAUGCUCAUCGCCCUGGUCUGCGUCCUGGGCGGCGGGCCCUCCUCCGGCAACUACAGCGAGUACUGGGGGGCCCGCCUGUGGUACGACCCGGGCGCCUUCAAGAACGGCUUCCGCGGCUUCUGCUCCGUCUUCGUCACCGCCGCCUUCGCCUUCAGCGGCACCGAGCUCGUUGGCCUCGCCGCCGCCGAGUCCGAGAACCCCGUCAAGAGCUUGCCCGGCGCCAUCAAGCAGGUCUUCUGGCGUAUCACCCUCUUCUAUAUCCUGGGCUUGUUCUUCGUCGGCCUGCUCAUCGACUCGAAUGACGAGAGCCUGCUCGGCGCGAACCCUUAUGCUGACGUCAACGCGUCGCCUUUUGUCCUGGUUGGCAAGUAUGCCGGCCUCAAGGGCUUUGACUCGUUUAUGAAUGUCAUUAUUCUCGUCUCAGUGGUAUCCAUUGGCGUGUCUGGUGUAUAUGGUGGCAGCCGCACGCUCACUGCGCUUGCGCAGCAGGGCUAUGCUCCGAAGGUGUUUACUUACAUCGACCGCUCAGGCCGCCCCCUCUGGAGCGUCAGCAUCAUCCUGCUCUUCGGCUGCCUCGCAUACGUAAACCUCAACGCCAAGGGCCCCGUCGUCUUCGACUGGCUGCUCGCGCUGUCCGGGCUGGCGGCGCUCUUCACCUGGGGCAGCAUCUGCCUCGCGCACAUCCGCUUCCGCCGCGCCUGGGCCUUCCACGGCCACACCACCGAGGAGAUCCCCUUCAAGGCCAUCGGCGGCGUGUACGGGAGCUGGAUCGGCCUAGGGCUGGUCGUCCUCGUGCUGAUUGCUCAGCUCUUCGUCGCCAUCUGCCCGCCGAGCGGCGGCUUCAACGACGCCGCGGGCUUCUUCAAGUCGUACCUCGCCUUCCCCGUCGUCAUCGUCUUCUGGCUCGUCGGCUUCGGCUGGAAGCGCAAGGGCUGGCUGCGCACGCGCGACAUCGACGUCGACACCGGCCGCCGCGAGCUCGACUGGGACGCCAUCAACGCCUACCGCGCCGAGCUGGCCGCCAUGUCGCCGUGGAGGCGGACCCUCAACAUAGUGUUUGUCUGA